AUGCUCUUCUCUCAUACGAUAGAUCUGACCAAGGACUUCUUGCAUCUCAGCACACGUUCGCUCAAUGGUGGCAUUUCGGUUGCCCUCCCUCUGCCAGCGCUGAACGUCACGAUACAUCUUGUCAUACCUGCGCUGCUUCUUCUCCGUGUCGUGGCAGAGCUUGCAAACGUCUCUUUCGGUCCUGGUUUCGUAGACAAGCUUCAGGCCGCAAGUUUCGCCCAUGCGGUAUUCUUUGUUGCACUGCUGACGGAAGUGCCCCCAGCGCCAGUAGCCGCAUGCCCAGCGAGUUUGGUCAAAGUAACACAUGGCUCAAUGGUUUCGAGGGUUAACGAGAGGCUUAGUGGCGAAUAG